AUGGGACGUGCAAAAGUAACUUUGAAACACAUCCAAAAUGAGAGAGCUCGUAAAGUAGCUUUCAAUCAAAGAAGAAAGGGACUAAUAAAGAAAGUAUCCGAUUUCUCAAUCUUGUGUGAAGCUAAAGCAUGCUUGAUUGUGUAUGAUGCUGAUGGCAAUGGUGAACCUGUGACUUUUCCUGAAGAUCCUGCAAUAGUACACUCCAUCAUUGAAAAGUAUGAGACAAAGAAGAAUAAUAAGAAUGAUAAACCACCUCCUAAGAUAUUUGAUGUGGAAGACUUUUUUGACAAUAGGAAUGGGAUGGUUGAAGCUGAGAUUACCAAAAUUCAGAAAGAGAUUCUGAACAUCAAGUAUCCAACUAAUGAUGCAAGUCUCAAUAGCAUGACAAUGCAGCAGAAAUUAUUCAUGAUUGCUAAGUUGGAUGCUAAGAUUGAAGCAUGUAAUGUUAGGAUUAACAUGCUCAAGAACAAAAGUCAAACAUCACAUCCUACCCAACUCAAUUUGGUGCAGCAAAACAUCUCUCAAGACCAACAAGUCAAUUUGGAUUCAACAAAUCAAGCUGCUGAUGAACCUGUGGCCAGGGAUAAACUAGGGGAGCUUGUGGGUUGGACUGGUUAACUUGCUAAGCAUAAUGAAUGUUAUUGGUGCUUAUAAUUUAUUUUUUUCAACUCUCUAAUGAGUAAACAUUACCAUUUAAUUGAUUUCGUAGAGCCUGAGAUGAUGUGUUUUGGAAUUCUUGAGGCUUUCGGUAUUAUACUA